AGGUAAAGUGCGCGCUGAAUUUGUUGGGCCUUGGCUGCUGCCAGAAUCUUUGCAGAAUGCAAUCUGUUGCAAGACAAGUGCGAUGCGCGAAUCGUCUAGGUACUCCAGUGCAGUUCCGCAUAGCUUCAUCCUGCAUUCAAUGGCAGUGUCAACGGAGAGCUGCUAGUUACUAUAAUCCUUUGCAGUGGAUCCAGGAGAAGUUUGCUCCGAAGGCAAGAAAAGCGGAUCCAGUGGAAGAGAAGAAAAGAGGUGAGCAGGAGAAACAAGGCCAGCAGAGUGUGUUCGAGGCAGCUGUGAGCCACGAGAAGCAGGCCCGACCUAAGACAACAUCUGCCGAAAGCGCUCCUACUGUCAUCAAGAAGAAGGCUACUGAACAUAAAUAUUCCACGGCUAACUUCAAAAUUUCACAUAGGAAGCUCAAUAUGAUUGGCCGACAGAUAUCUGGAAAGCCAAUUGACCAUGCUAUCGUGCAAAUGCAAUUUAGUGAAAAGCGGGCCACAAGCCGGAUAAAGAGCAUGUUGGCGACAGCUAAACUUCAUGCGACGGCGUACAAAAAUAUGGAUCCUUCCAAACUCAUCGUUUCGGAAGCCUGGGUGACCAAAGGACCCAAGCAACUAAAACGACUUGAGCCUCGGGGACGUGGCAAGUUCGGUAUUAGGGUUCACCCCGAUUCACGCAUGCAUGUGAUUCUGAGGGAAGGGAAGACAUUCGAGCAAUUGAAGAAGGAGCAACGCGAGCGGCGUUUGAGAAGAAUAGUCUCUGCAGGGUUGGUUAGGGAGGAUGUACCCCUCAGAAACCCCGCUCGGACCUGGCAGUGGUAGCGGUCGUUUCUAGUCUUAAUUAUACUUUCAGUCGAUACAAAAUCGUGCUUUAUUCAAGUGUGAGCCUGUGAGAGCUCUUCAAAUGUU